AUAAAUAACCUGUGGCUUUUGCUGAAACGUCAUAAAAAUAAAUAGGGUUUAUUUUUUUAUAUUCCACUAUUCCACUACUAUUUAUCACAGUUCUAAUUAGAAAAAGGAAGAAUAAAAUAAUGCUGAAACUUAUUUUGUAGUUUCCGAACUAUUUAUCUUUAGAAAAUUUUACUUGUUUUUUGUAUUUCGCACUUAUUUCAUUAUGGCUACGAUUAGCGGGCUAAAAAUAGCGGUAAUAUGUUCCAGCAACAUGAACAGGAGCAUGGAAGCUCAUGCCUUCUUAUCAAAGAAGGGUUUCGACGUACACUCGUUUGGUACUGGCGAGAAAGUAAAAAUUCCGGGCUCUGCUAUAGACAAACCCAACGUUUACGAGUUUGGUACUUCUUACAAUGACAUAUACCACGAUUUGCUUGAGAAAGAUAAAUCACUAUACACCCAAAACGGGUUAUUGCACACUCUCGACAGGAACAGAAGGAUUAAGAGUCAUCCAGAGAAGUUUCAAGAAACGAAAGACAAGUUUCACAUUUUGAUUACUUGCGAGGAAAGAGUAUACGAUCAAGUUCUGGAAUACAUGGAAAAUAAAACGCCAUCGGACAAUUCAAUUGUGCAUGUUAUUAAUAUAGAUAUUCAGGACAAUUUAGAGGAAGCUACUAUAGGGGCGUUUUUAAUAAGUGAUAUGUGUAUGCAGAUAGCAAAGACCGAAGAUUUGGAUAACGAUAUUGAAGAGGUUUUGCAUGCUUUUGAAGAGAAAUGCCAGAGGCCUAUUUUACAUAGCAUUGUCUUUAACUAGUUUUAGGGAAAACAAAUAUGUAUACAUAAAAGUGGAUUAUAUUUUUGACUUAUAUGGGAUUUUCUAGUUAUUGUAUGUAACUUAAUUCUGUGGUGGAGUGUGGAAAUAAAUUAUAUUGUGUAAUUUAAUUAAGAAUCAAUAGAAAUAUUCUGAACAAUUUAUUAAAAAAAUAACAAAUA